AUUCAUCUUUUAUCUCAUUUAUCAUGUAAAUUGGUAUAUAUUAUUUAAAUUGGAUCGUUAUUUAAAUUAAAUUGAUAUUAUAUUAUUAAGAGGUGAAACUCUAGAUUUAGUAAUUAGUCUUAUAACUUUGAACCCUUAGUCCCAUAUUUAAAUCCUACUUUGCCCCUUAGACAAUCCUUGUGGGCAUCUGCAAUGUAUGUUACGGAUAGAGAGAGACAGUGACAGUGCGGUGCCGUGUUAACUUCUGCUUCUAUUCAACUAGGCUUUUCGUUUACGCUAGUUAUAUUAUCCACAAACGAACCACAGAGUCGGCAGUGAUACAUAAUUUUCAGUCAGUCAGUCAAUUACAUAUAUAAAAAUCUCCUUCUAAUUCAUAUAUGUAAUUAUGUAAAGCAGCAGUGAUCAAUAUAUACUUGUUCACAGCCACUCACAUCGACAUCCAACUCUCCAUCGAUAUCGCUUUUCUUUUCUGACCAUGGCAGAAGCUAAAUGGGAAGGCAAGGUCAAUGUUGAAAUAGCAAGCUUAACAGUGGAACAAGUAUGGGCUUGUCUUGAAGAUUAUUGCAACCUGCAUAAAUGGUUUCCUUUUCUUGAUAAAUGUUAUCGAGUAGAAGGAGUUCCAGGUAAGCCUGGUUUAGUCCGCCAUGUAAAAGCAUCACCUGAAGCUGAUGAGAUGAUCAACGGAUGGGCCCAAGAGAAGCUUCUGAUGAUCGAUCCCAUCCAGAAGUCUUUCAGCUAUGAGGUCACUGAUAACAACAGUGGAUUCAACAACUAUGUGGCCACCAUUAAAGUGUUUCCAGUCGAUGCUGAUGAUCAGCAAAAAGGGUGCAUUGUCGAGUGGUCAUUUGCCACUGACCCAGUUCCAGGAUGGACAAUCGAAAAAUUGCUUCCUAAUCUUAACUACUGCCUCCAAUACAUGGGGAAGAAGAUGGAACAGACUUUUCUUUAAACCAUCUGAAAUUUCUAAUUUUCCUUUCUGAUAAGAGAAUUGAGAGAUGACUGCGAUCUCUAUCGUACCCUUCUCUUGGAUGGAAUUUAUUAAUGAUAGCACUUCAUGGGUGUAUAUUAGGUUUUUCAAAUUUAAUAGGAGGGCAUUAUAAUUUCACUAAACCUUGGGUGGGAACUAGUUUUUUGGCCCAUAGUUUAAUUGACAAGUAAAUAGAAUAGAAUAUUUCAUAGAGAGAUGCAGUUCUACUUCAUUUUUCUGUACAAGAACAGAAGCCACUGUAAUAAACUUUCAACAAAUAAUACACAUUUCAUAGGAUGGGAUAGAGACCACCUUCAACACU